CAGUAGCAUUUAAUUUGGCUUUAACAUUUAAUGAAAACUUAUAUCAUUCAAAUGAUAUUGGUUAAGUAAAACUAAUUUUAUAUUAGUUGUAAUUUAUUUAAGCAAAUAAUGUCGUCUGUCUCUGCUGCUGCUGCCCUGGAAACUGAAGAUCCCGUAGAGUUGAUGCUUAAGAAAACUGGUUGCAUUGAAUUGCAUUACAAAGUACAAGAGUGUAUUGCCGAAACAGGGGAUUGGCGCCGCUGCCAAGAGGUGGUAAAGGAGUUUAAGCAGUGCAUGCAAAAAUACACCGAAGGACAAAUGAAAAAAUACGCCCAAACAAAAUAAAGCAAAAAAAAAGCGAAAACAGUUAACUUUAUAUUAGAAAAAAAUGCUUAAACAAAUCUUUAGUGCCGUUACUGCACCACGUACGAAACUGGUAUUAGUGGUGCGAGGUGAUUUAAAAAUGUCUAAAGGAAAAACUGCUGCACAGUGCGCACAUGCAGCUAUACUUUGCUAUCAACAAUCUCAAAAGGAACAAGAUAAGCAAAAAUUAGUAGAAGCUUGGUCAACUUUGGGACAACCCAAAAUUGUAUUGCGUGUAAAUACCUUAGAAGAGCUUACAAAUUUACAAAAUCGUGCUAAAAAUGCAGGUGUAAUCGCUGAAUUAGUACGAGAUGCAGGACGUACGCAAUUAGAAGCUGGUACAGCAACAGUUUUGGGCAUUGGACCGGAUAUAGAAAAAAAUGUAGAUGAAUUGGUAUCCAAUUUAAAACUAUUAUAGUUUACGAACUGAUGAAAUAAAUACAAUUUGUUAACGAAAAAAUAAAUAUUUUAUUUUUAACAAAU